AUAAGGGCAUUCGGUCUAGUGGUAUGAUUCUCACUUUGACUGCGCCAGUGUAUUCCGCGCGAGAUUUUCAGUAUUUAGGAAUGUAUAUUGAGAUUUGAGAUGAAAUUGCAGGGAUGGAAGGGGAAAAGGUGCAUAGAGUUGUGUAUGAAAUGAGCAAAGGGUCAAAGUAUUUCGAGAACGAGGAGCGGAAGGAGGCUGAAAUGAAGCAGAAAAUCGAAAACAUGCGUUCCCGGUGCUCAAAACUCACUAAGGCUGAUAUAUCUCACUACACGGAGCUGGCUGAAAAGAGGAUGUUAGAGCUCGAAGCCGCGCGUGAUAUGACAAGAAUUUGGGUACAUGUAGCUAUGGAUGCUUUCUAUGCAGCUGUUGAAACAUUGAACCUGGUUCGCAGUCUUCGCACGAUCCACAAGGAGAGAGAGACUUCGCCGCCAUCCAUCUCGAUUUCGUUGCCGAUCGAUCACCGUCCCCUGGUCGUGCUCUCCGGCGCGGUCAUCACCUGCGACCUGCGUCCGGCAUCCUUCGUCAGAGAGCACACUCCGCAGAGAGUAGAGAUGUGGCGAUCCACGAUAUCUGGAGCUAGGAAAUCCUUCAUUAGAAGAUUUGGAGCAAAACCAAAGCAUCCUACUGCCGGAAUCUCUUCUCAGCUAUGCUUCUCUGUCCAAUCUUCAUUGAAUCAAAGUCCAGAUUUCCUUGCUUCCGUGAACUGUGUUCUCCCACCCUCCAGAAGAUUUUUCUCGUCAAGUCCUCAUUUCGAUUUCGAUGCAUCUGAGUUUCCCAACCAUGGGUCUGCAUCUAGUCCAUGGACGGCCAGCGACUUAGAUAAUGGUUCUUCCUCUGUUUUUGGAGAAAUUGACGAUGAAAUCAAAGAUGUAAAAGAUAUCUCUUUCGGAGAUGGGCUCCCUACUGAAAACGCUAGUGUUCCCUUAGUAGUCGAAGAGGAUGCAGAGCCUGGGGUGUCUAUAGAGAAUGAGGAGAAUGCAGAUGAAGGCGGUUCGGUUGAAAAGGUGGAAAAAAUGGUGUCUUUGCUUCAGAGUAGUGGAUUGGUUGAUGGAUCUUUAGAGUCUAAACUCGAGGAAAUCGGAUUGAAUGUUACCAUAGAUCAUGUGAUGAAAGUGCUCAACACUCAAUGUAUUCCCGGGAAAAAAUUGAUUGAGUUUUUCAGCUGGGCUUCUAGGAAACCAGGAAUUGCAGUGACUACGUCCAUGCUUGAGACGCUGACCAAAACGAUAUGUGCUGGUGAAAUAAUGAGAGAUAUGUAUGCACUGUGGAAUUUGUUGAAGGAUUUGGGAGAGAAGGAGAUUGGAGUUUUGAACACUGACAUAUUGAACAGCCUGAUAUCUUUCUUUUCCAGGUUUGCCAAGGGAAAAGUAGCUUAUGAGGUGUUUAACAAGUUUGGGGACUUUGCUUGUGACCCGAAUUCUGAUACGUAUUACUUCACGAUUGAGGCUCUUUGUAGGCGCAAAAUUUAUGAAUGGGCAUGCUCUGCUUGUGCAAAGAUGAUUGAUGCUCAAAAGUUCCCCGACGCGUGCAAAUUGGGGAACAUCAUUUCUCUUUUGUGCAAGGGAAAAAGGGCUAGAGAUGCACAUCUUGUUUAUGUGGCUGCAAAGGCGAAGGGUAUUACUAUACCUCAAACUUCCAUCGUUUCAUUGGUCAAAUCCCUCUGUGAAGAAGCCGAAAAUGUUCACGCUGCAUUAGAGAUUGUGCAGGAUUUCCCUACAAACGAACGGAAGCGUGCCAUUCAUUCAUUUUCAUUAGUCAUUCAAGGGUUAUGUAGAAACAAAGAAUUUCAAGAGGCCAAAAAUUUGCUGCUAAGUAUGAUUGAUGCAGGUCCUCCUCCUGGUAACGGUGUAUUCAAUACAAUUAUUACUGCACUGUCCAAGCAAGGGAACACCAUGGGAGAGGCAAUGGAGGUUCUGAAGAUGAUGGAGGGAAGGGGCCUCAAACCCGAUGUGUACACGUACACUGUGAUCGUAAGUGGUUAUGUGAGGAUGAGUGAGAUGGAAGAGGCCUAUAAACUUUUUUGUCAGGCGAAAAAGAAGCUCUCCCCCAAAGCUUCUAAGCUUAGCUUAGUCACAUAUCAUUCUCUUAUCCGCGGUUUCUGCAAGCUUGAACAAUUCGACCGAGCUCUUGCGCUGUUCAGUGAAAUGAAGGCAGAUGGGGUUCAACCCAACCAUGAUGAGUAUAAUAAGCUCAUCCAAUCUCUUUGCUUGUACCCUUUGGACUGGAAGAAGGCGGAGGAGCUAAUGGUGGAGAUGGAGGCGAAUGGGUUGCAUCUGAAUGCAAUUACGAAAGGUCUUGUUAGAGCGGUUAAGGAGAUGGAGCAGGAUGCCAUGCCAAAGGAGAUUACAGCUCCUGUUCAAAAAAACCAAAUGGGAGUACGAGGUACCGUUAUAGUGUAGAUUCAUGUCUGUUUUUCCCAUCAUUCGCAGAAUGUUUGGAACCAUGGAGGAAAAAGGUUUUCUUUACAUACCCAUGGUUGAUUAGUGGUUGUUCUUAUUUUUUUUCCCUUUCCAAUAACUCCCUAAUUGUGAUUCAGCUGUGAAAUUUGCCUUGAAGCUGUAAUCCUAAGAGGAUUGCUUUUUAGGACAAUUUGAUUUUAUGAUCUCUUUUUUGCCGAGUACAAUCAAGGUGAACCAAUUGG